AUGAAAUUUGGCACUCAUAUAUUAAUUAAGUGUGUGCCUGAGUGGAAGCUGAACAAUAUCGACUAUGGCAAACUGAAGCGAGAUAUUAAACAAGUCACGACGUUCAAUGCCUCGAGGAAAUGCUAUGCGGGAAAUGGAGAGGAGAAUGAUGGGGAGCGGGAGGAGAAUGAGGAACUUUUGAAGUUAUAUGAAUCGUUUGAAGAGCAGUUUCAUCAUGUGAACCUUUUUGUCAGCUUGAAGGUGAAGGAAGUUGGUAAACGACUAAUGACAAUAGAAUCCACAAUAUUACAGUGGGAUAGGAAAGCGGCGAUGGUGGAAGGGAGGCGGUACCCUAAGUUAAGUAUGCGCGUUUUUAAGACGAUAAACAAGAAUUUAGACCAUUGCAGUUUGGAUUUACAACGGCUUGCUCGUUAUUUGAUUCUCCAAAAGACGGCAUUAAGGAAGUUGAUCAAGAAGUUUUUAAGGUAUUAUCCUUACGAUGAGGCUGAUGCGAGACAGUUUGUAUCUAAGUUGUUAGCAUGCGAUGAGUUACAAUCUGGACAUGAGGGGAUUUCUUUUAUGCAGAUUGAUUUGAGUCCGUACCUGUUGCAAGUAUCUCUUAUUGUUGGUGUUUUGUAUGACUUAGAGAGGAAGGCACAGUAUGGUGAUAUACAGGAGUCUAAGGCAGACGGGGAUGAGAGAACUCUAACCCGUACAGAUACUCUGGAAGGCAAAUAUGGUAUAAAAUCGUCUAUUGUUGAGGUCCUUUCUAGGCAUGUCGAUUCAUGUUUAACCUUUGAUAAUUUGUUUUGGGCAAAGUUCGAACCGCUGCAAAAACUGCUAGUACCACAAGAGAAUGUUGAUGAGAUGAAGUUUCUGUUACUUAACCUAGGGUAUCAAGUAAUUGACGAUACGCUGAUAUCUACAUCAAAACAAAUAAUUCACAAUACUGUUGAUCAAACAAGACGACUCGGUGAUGAAAAUGGAUCUCUAUUAGAGCGAAAUUUGAGCUUGGAAUCUUUAACCUCUUUCGAUGAUGUUCAGGCAGGCGCAAAGAUGUCAUCUAGAUCUAGUUCACGUCGAAGAGUCACUUUGUUUUCCAAACAGACGCGCACUUUAUCUCAGUCGAAAAUUGAGAUGUUUCUCAUAGAUACGAAGUAUACGAAAGGUGUAAACUCUAAUAGUCAUCCUAGUCUUCUAGUUCAAGGCGAAAAGAAAAAUUCCUGUUUGUUACUAUGUCACACUACUGGGUUUCGCAACUAUAUUUCCACCCAAACGUUGCCGUUAGAUAUAGCGUUGAAAGCCCUUUCACAUAAAGCAGACCAAACACAGCAGAAGCUGCAAUUGUCGCCAUUAGAUAAGGCUUGUUUGGAUUGGGUUGAGUCAUACGAUGCAAAAUUGAGUGAUAUAGCAAUAUCUGCUAAACGCACCAGGUUUUUAGUCAAGCGUGAGGUGACCAUCGAUGGCAAGGCCAGCACUUGUGUCUAUUUAAUAACUCUGGAUGAAGGAGUUACCAUAAACAAUUCAAUUCAGCUGCCUCAUGCAUUCUUAGAGAUGAGAAUGUUAGCGGAUUGCGUAAGCACUCCACUUAAUGGGUUGUCACAGGUUGACAAGGAGUUAAUAAAACUUAUCGAUAGUAUUUCAGACAAUUCUUUCUCAUGUUUCCCUCUCGCAUCCUCACAUACCCUAUGGAAUGUGGCUAAUCAAUUAAAAAAAUCGACUAUGGACACUGUCUCUAACCAAUUGUAUAAUAUAUUGAUUAACGAGGAAAUAGAUGACUGUGAACUUUCUCCCAUUUUACAAGAUGAGUUUUUUGAAUUAGGCCAACAAAGGUUACAUGCAUUGGCCACUCCAAAAUUGCCAAAAUCCUAUAAUUCAUAUGGUAACACAUCUCAGAAUACUCCGAAUAUUGAUACAUCAUCAAAAGGUGUUGAAAACGAAAAUCGCCAUAUAUUAAGAUAUUGGAAUGAAUUUGAUAAUGACGAAUCAAUUGAUCAAAAUGGAUUUUAUGUCGAUUCUAACUUUCAGAGUUUUGAAGAACGCAGAGAACAAGGUUUCAUUAAAUUUGAUAAGGCCUUUAUAUUGUCAUUUUACCAAUAUAUCAAUCAGAUGAAUCGAUUUUUUUCAAAGAACAAUAACAAAAUACCAAUUCAAAAUACUACUCUACAGAGCAUAGAAGAAUGCCCUGCCACUCAAUGUGAGCUGGACUCAUUGGUUCAAUCUAGAAAUGGUGUAUCUUACGCAAGUUUAGAGACACAAGAUUCUAUGUCUUCAUCGGUUAACCAACACUCUCAAUUGGAUUCCUUCUGGUCAAAUGAGCAAAUAUUUGACCUUGAAGCUGAAUCCAAUUCUUUAUAUGAAUAUAAACAUGAUAAGGUCGUUUCCAUGUUUUACUUAACCACAUUGCUCGUCUCAUGCAUCACCACUGGUACUACUUUUGGUAUAAUGUUUUCGUUGUUUAGUGUGGUCGGUGGGCAUGAGACAGAGUUUGAUGGAACGAUUUAUAUUACAGCACUGAUAUUGAGCUCCCUAAUCCUUUCAUUGACCUUGAGCUCUUUCAGCCUGCUGUUGCUUUUCAGUAGAUAUCGAAUGGCGCCAUGGUGGCACUACACAAGUUGUAUUGUCAUAUUCAUACUAAUCACGUUUUGUGUGUGUUAUGGCCUCAUCUCGAUGUUUUUUUGA